GGAACGGCUUUGAGCGUUUACACGGUCCAAUCCAUAAAAUCGUCAAGACGGAAAAAAAUGUAGCUACAGAAAUAUAUAAUAUGUUGCUGUAGCAAAAGUUAGACACAUUUGAUAUUAUGUUUGUAACAAACUAAAAACAAUAUGAGGAAACAUCAAAAUCGUAUAGAUUCUAAUACAUUAUAUGUAUACUGUUCUUUCAAAAAUAUUAGAAAUCACUGAUAAAAGUUGUCGCUAUUACACUGGUGGGUCACGUCAGCGUUUCCGAUAGAUCAGAGACAAGAGAUUAUACCCGUGUUUCCUUGUGGUAAUUACGAAUUUCCGACAUGGCUUGAACGCGGAUAUAUAGCUUACCUCGGCGGUCUCGGUUUGCUGUCAACAGAAAUAUAGAAAAUACUUGAAGAAAUAUCAGAACACUUGUCUAAAUAUUAAUGCAAUGCAAUGGGAAUAUAGCGAUCAUGGCUGAGAAACAUAGUUUGUUUACCCUUCUAGUCCUGGUUGGAUUAUUCAGAAUUCAUAAUGCUUUGCGGUGUAACUGCACCACAGCCCAGUGUGAGAAGACGGGCUUCCAGUGUGAGACGGACGGGGCCUGCAUGGCCUCCACAUCCUUUAUUGAUGGCCAGGAGCAGCACAUCCGUAUCUGCAUCACCAGGGACAAACUGGUGCCCCCGGGCCAGCCCUUCUACUGCCUGAGUGCUGAGGGCCUCCUCCACACACACUGCUGCUACACUGACUACUGCAACAGCCUCAACCUCAAAGUGCCAUCUGUGAUGUCACGGUCGGACCUGGGCAGUGGCUUUGGCCCUGAUGGUACCUGGGGUCCAGUGGAGCUGGUGGCCGUCAUCGCGGGGCCUGUCUUCCUGCUGUGCGUGCUGCUGAUCAUGGGCGUCUUCCUGUUCCAGUACCAUCAGAGGGCCUACAGCCACAGGCAGAGACUGGAGGUGGAGGACCCGUCCUGUGAUCACCUCUACAUGGCCAAGGACAAGACCCUGCAGGACCUCAUCUAUGACAUGUCCACCUCUGGAUCGGGCUCUGGCCUCCCCCUGUUUGUCCAGCGGACGGUGGCCCGGACCAUAGUGCUGCAGGAGAUCAUAGGGAAGGGCCGUUUCGGGGAGGUGUGGCGGGGCCGCUGGAGGGGAGGGGACGUGGCGGUGAAGAUCUUCUCGUCUAGAGAGGAGCGUUCCUGGUUCCGCGAGGCGGAGAUCUACCAGACCAUCAUGCUGCGCCACGAGAACAUCCUGGGGUUUAUCGCCGCUGACAACAAAGACAACGGCACAUGGACUCAGCUGUGGCUGGUGUCAGACUACCAUGAAUACGGCUCCCUGUUUGACUACCUGAACCGCUACUCCGUCACCAUCGAAGGCAUGAUUAAACUGGCGCUAUCCGCAGCCAGCGGCCUGGCACACCUGCACAUGGAGAUUCUAGGCACACAGGGAAAACCGGGCAUUGCCCACCGGGACCUCAAAUCGAAGAACAUCCUGGUGAAGAAGAACAGGACGUGUGCCAUUGCUGAUCUGGGGCUGGCCGUGCGCCACGAAUCCACAACUGACACCAUCGACAUUGCCCCCAACCAGAGAGUGGGCACCAAGAGGUACAUGGCCCCUGAGGUCUUAGAUGAGAGCAUCAACAUGAGGCACUUUGAUUCCUUUAAGUGUGCAGACAUCUACGCUCUGGGCCUGGUCUACUGGGAGAUUGCACGUCGCUGCAAUGCUGGAGGUAUCCAUGAAGAGUACCAGCUGCCCUACUUUGACCUGGUACCCUCUGACCCAUCCAUAGAGGAGAUGAGGAAGGUGGUGUGUGAUCAGAAACUACGCCCCAACGUGCCCAACUGGUGGCAGAGCUAUGAGGCCUUGCGUGUGAUGGGAAAGAUCAUGCGAGAGUGUUGGUACGCUAACGGAGCCGCGCGCCUCACCGCCCUACGCAUCAAGAAGACCCUGUCCCAGCUGAGUGUCCAGGAAGAUAUCAAAGUCUGAGGAACCUGUCCAAAAGGUCUAAGGAUAGCGCUGGGGACUCCGUUCUGCUACUGAAUGAUACUGAGAAAUAGAGGCGGACAGGUUCUUUUGAAGGAACACACAAGCUAAUGAAAAAAAAAUGCAAUGACGAAAGCUAAAUAUAAAAAGAACAGUACAUAAAACAAAAAAACUCUCCUGCCAGUCUUUAUAAAGCCACCACUGUCUGAGUUGUGACAAGCCCUACCUCGCCUAUUCAGCCAAAACUACUGACAACCCUGUCCUUCCCUGACCCCAACCUAAGCCAGCCUUCUGGUCCUUAAGUCUUUCUCUGCAGGCCCCUUUGUGGACCCCAGGAAGAGUAGCUGCUGCUUUUAACAGUAGCUAAUAGGGGUCCCAAUAAAAUCCUAAAUCCUUCUCAGUUCUGUUCCUACUAAAUGGCUGCCGACUGCAAUUACUGAUUCUACUACUACUGCCCCUGACAAUGCCCGUAUUUAUCUAAAUGGCAGGAUAUAUACUGUAUCCAACUGUGUAUUUAGUAACAGGAUGUGUGUAAUUGUAUAUAAUUGUUUCUAAAUUAUGUCACAAGUACCUUUCCCCAGACCAUGUCAAAGGACACUAAUGCUUUCAUCUUUUAUAUAUGUUGUUUGUUUUCUGUUUGUCUUGAUGUAGACAGUAUGACUGUAAUAAUGCUGUGUUGAGGUAUGACGGUUUUUCAUUGUUUUCUUUUUCAGGAAGUGUGUAUAAGGGGGAAGAUGAAGUCUGUGAAUGCCCCUGUAGAUACAGGUUAUAUUCUCCACGACCAAGAAUUACCAGAUCUUUGAAUAUGAUAAUAUAUGUAUGACCCUUUUAGAUUUUUGUUAAAUGAUUUAGAACAUUUGACAACCGAUCAGUAUUGGUUACUGCUCUUGGAUAGGAGACAAUAGGAGGAGCUUUUGUGUGCUUUCAGAUAUCUACUGAUAAACCAUUGGAAUCAAUCCAAAGCAACACUACUGUACUCUGAAUUGCUGAAAGUGAAUACGAAGUCCCUCGUAUUUGAUGUCUCUUGUUACUGUUGAACAGCAUCUGAUUUUGAGUCAAUUUUCCACAACACAUUCUUUACUUCUACUACAGCUACAUUACCUCCUAGAUAUGCAAGUUGUAAAUAGUUUAUAAGAUGAUUUAUCUCUGAUGUCAAAUCUUGAUUUCACCAGGUAUUUUGUUUUCAAGAAUUGCUGAAAUUAUAGCUUUGAUAAAAAAUAAUUGUUGAACAUAAACCGAAAAGGUACUGCUGAUGUGAAGCCUCCUUCCCUGUGCUCUUAAUUCUAAAUGUUUACUGUGAGUUCUCUACUCAGCAGGGCCAAUGUGCACUAGUCCCUUCCCAGCACCACAAACAAGCCAUUCUUAAUACCCCAUUAUAGAAAACACCAGUCAAAGCAGAGGGUGUUUAUCACAUUUUAAUCACACUUUCCCAGAUUUGGUGACCCUUUAUAAAGGGUGCUUAUUCAGUGUUCCUAUAGCACAAAAACAUUGGGGUUGACUGUUGUGAAUUCUGAUGAUUCCAAUCAAUGCUGUUCCAUAGGAAAUAUGUAUGGCCUGUAUGUAUUUAUUGAAAAUCAUUUUGUUCAUGAUCAUGCCUGUACUGUAUAUAUAUUUAAUUAUUUUUUAGUUCUUUGGAAAUGUCCAAAAAGACAUGGCAUGAUUACAUGUGCAUAUUUAUCCUGAAAAUGUGGUUGCUCAUGUUUUUGGCUGUGCGUGGGAGAUGGAUGACCUGGAUGUUGUCAGCGUACUUUUAGAAUGUGGGGUGACAUUGUCUGUCUUUGGUCAGGGAUUGAUCCUAUGCAAAUGUCAUAGGCCAUUGUUGGAAUGUGUCUCUAUGGCCUUGUUUUGAGCACAUACUGUUAUUAGCAGAAAGCAUGACAAGAUUAAAUGUUGUAUGCUGUUGUAUUGCACUAUGGAGUGUUUAAUGAAGCACUGAAUCAUGAGAACACCCAGGUCUUGACAAUCUGGACAAAGAAAUCAAAAGAAGCUUUUAAAACCCUUUUCAGGACUAGUAACCAAUCUUGUGUAUAUAGGUACUAUUAUAGCCUAUAGUAAUAAAUACAAUGUUCUUA